AGGCUUUCUCAAUUCUCUUGACUGAAGUUGCCACCUGCGUGACAACCCGCUUUUCUUGUCCACGUUAGCCCAACAAUCGUUCCCCUUCUCGGCUUCAGUACUUCUGUUGUGUGUGUGUAAAACACAGCCACACCAUUCGCAUAGAUUUCCCCCGUUGGGGUGUGCCGAUGCGACACACUUCGUUUUCGCGGCUUCUCCGCCCGACGCCGCCUCACGUGCAACGUCGUAGAGUCGCGUGGGGAAGUUCCAACACCCGGUCCAGCGUAUACGCGGCUCCGCUUUGCACUGCCUGCCGUCUCCUCGGCACUUCCCGCACAGCUUUCGCUACGGCCUCCACCGCCGCCGCACUCUCUGCCGCGGAUUUCGCCACCAUUGCCCCACAGCUGCUCCUUCGUCAGGCACUGCAGCAGUACGCGGAGCUGGACGGCACGCAGCUGGGGGCGGAGCUUCAUCCUGGUGAGGGCCACGUGUUGAUUCCGCGUGAGAGAUUCCUACGCUUUUGUGCGCAGGCGCACGUGGACGAUCCUGACGCCGCCCUUGCGGACCUGGAAGCUGCGGGUGUUGUCGUCGCACUGGACGGUGGAACGCUGAUCCAUCUCCGGCCCGUGCUCUAUCUCGAGACCGUGGAACUGCUGUCGCAGACGCAAAACGGUACCGAUGGUAGUAGCGGUAGUAGUGACGGAACACCCGUUCCUUCCACUGGAUCGUCUGUGGGUGCCUUUAUGCUGGAAGAAGCAGAACGACGCAUUGAGAAGCUGUGCCAAAAGGAGCAGGAGCUGGCGGAGCAGCUGCGGCCUGCGAUAGCGCGAGCGGCCAAGUGGCGUCGCAGCGUCUGGGGCGGUGCACUUUUGUUUGCCGGCACGCAACUGGCUGUCAUUUCUCGUCUCACCUACUUUGAUCUCGAUUGGGAUAUCAUGGAGCCGGUGUCGUACUGCAUUACGAUCGGCACCGCCCUCGUCUUUUACGCGUAUUACCUGCGCUACAACGAGGAACACACCUACGAGGUGUUCGACCAGCGGUUUUUGCCGAAGAAGGUCCGGCAGUACGCACCGAAGGACUUCGACUGGAAGGCGUACGAAGGCGUGUGUGCGCAGCUCGUCGAGGAACGCGCGAUGCGGGAACGGCUUCGUCGCUGGGCGGAGCGCCACUGA